CUUCUUUACUGGGUGCGGCGCAGUUCGUUCUGCCCUCCCCGUUUUGUCACUUUUUAGAAAAUCCAAAAAAGAGAGAAAAUCUUGAACUCCUCUUUUGUUCGCCGUCGUCAUAUAUCGUUCCGUUCAACUCCGGAUCUCUGACCAUUUUAUCCCCGUUUACGCCUCUCUCUCCUUUUCUAUCCGAAAUACCAGAAAAAAUAUUUAGUUUUAGAAUAUGUUUUAAUUUUUUUCUCGAUAGUUUUUGAUUGAAUAACAGGCGUAGAGGGGGGAAACUAAAAGAGAAGAAGAAAAAAAGAGCGCGAUCUAGAAGAGUUAGCGUUACGGGUUAUUUUGAUGGCACAGAUUCAGGUUCAGUAUCAGGCGCCGGUUUCCGGACCAAACGGCGUUGCCCCCGUAACUGGUGGUCCGCAGUUGAUGCUGACAUCGCUCUAUGUCGGGGAUCUUGAUUUAACUGUUACUGAUGAGCAGCUCUACCAAACGUUUAGCCAGGUGGCUCAGGUCGCUUCAGUAAGAGUCUGUCGGGACUUGGCAACUGGCCGGUCUCUCGGCUAUGGCUAUGUCAACUAUAACAAUCCUCGUGAUGCGGCUAGGGCAUUGGAGCUACUGAAUUUCACUCCACUGAAUAACAAGCCCAUUCGCAUCAUGUAUUCUCAGCGAGACCCUAGUCUUCGUAGGAGUGGUACUGCAAACAUAUUUAUCAAGAACUUGGACAAGUCUAUUGACCACAAAGCUUUACAUGAUACAUUUUAUUCAUUUGGCAACAUUCUUUCUUGCAAGAUAGCUGCUGAUGGUCUAGGGCAGUCUAAAGGCUAUGGUUUUGUACAAUUUGACAACGAAGAAUCUGCCCAAAAUGCAAUUGAUAAAUUAAAUGGCAUGUUAAUUAAUGACAAGCAGGUCUAUGUUGGACCUUUUCUUCGCAAGCAUGAAAGAGGCAGUGCUUCGGAUAAGACCAAAUUCAAUAAUGUUUAUGUGAAAAAUCUUUCUGAGUCUACAACAGAUGAAGACAUAAAAACAAUUUUUGGUGAGUAUGGCGAAAUUACUAGUGCUGUAGUUAUGAGGGAUCCAGAUGGGAAGUCAAAGGGUUUUGGAUUUGUCAACUUUGAAAAUGCUGAUGAUGCUGCUAAAGCUGUUGAAGCUCUUAAUGGAAAGAAGGUUGAUGAAAAAGAGAUAUAUGUUGGAAAAGCCUUGAAAAAGUCUGAAAGAGAGAAUGAGCGAAAGGCCCGAUAUGAGCAGACGUUAAAGGAAGCUGCUGAUAAAUUCAAAGGUUUGAAUUUAUACAUUAAAAACUUAGAUGAUAGCGUUGGUGAUGAAGCAUUGAAGGAACUGUUUUCAGAGUUUGGUACCAUUAUUUCAUGCAAGGUUAUGUGCGAUCCUAGUGGAAUUAGCAAGGGCUCAGGGUUUGUGGCCUUUUCAACCCCUGAAGAAGCAUCUCGAGCUCUUGCUGAGAUGAAUGGUAAAAUGGUUGCUAGCAAACCACUUUAUGUUGCACUUGCGCAAAGGAAAGAAGAGAGAAGAGCAAGGCUUCAGGCUCAGUUUUCUCAAAUGAGGCCACUUGCUAUGUCCCCUGUUACUCCUCGACUUCCAAUGUAUCCUUCUGGUGCUCCGGGUCUUGGUCAACAGUUUUUAUAUGGACAAGCACCUCCAGCUAUUACUCCCCACCAGGCUGGUUUUGGCUAUCAGCAACAGCUGGUUCCUGGAAUGAGGCCUGGCGGCCCUCCUGUGCAAAAUUUCUUUUUUCCCAUGGUACAGCAAGGUCAGCAGGGGCAGCGACCAGGGGGGCGCCGGGGAGCAGGUCCGGUGCAACUGACUCAGCAACCUGUGCCGUUGAUGCAACAGCAGAUGCUGCCCAGGGGAUCUGUCUAUCGUUACCCCCCAGGCCGUAUGAUGCCCGAAGUUCCAAUAUCAAAUGUUCCUGGAGGAAUGCUUUCUGCUCCAUAUGACAUGGGUGGAAUGUCAUUGCGUGAUGCUGGUGUUGGUGUUGGGCAGCCCAUGCCGGUACCAGCAUUGGCUACUGCUCUUGCAAAUGCAACACCUGAACAUCAAAGGACGAUGCUUGGUGAAAGCUUAUAUCCCCUUGUGGAAAGGCUGGAGCGUGAUUCUGCAGCCAAGAUUACCGGCAUGCUUCUGGAAAUGGACCAAACAGAGGUUUUGCAUCUUCUUGAAUCACCAGAAGCUCUGAAGGCUAAGGUUGCCGAGGCCUUGGAGGUAUUGCAGAAUGUCGCUGCUCAGCAACAAGCCAACAGUCCAGCUGACAGAUUGGCUUCACUAUCGCUGAAUGAUAACCUGGUUCCUUGAGCCUAAAAUGAUUGGAAUUUGGGUAUAGGCAUCCUGGCCAAUACUUUGCUGGACCCUUUAUCAACACUGGACUAUAUUUGUUUAUCAGGGUUGAAGUUUGGAACUUUAUAUAUAAUGCUAUGCUUUUGGAUAGUGUUUUAUUAUUAAUACAGUUGCUAGAACAUGGUUUGUUUUUUGCAUGGCUUCUCUAGUUUU